AUGGAAGGCACUCAUGAGCAUUCUCCUGAGCCUCACCCCGAGCUUUCCUCUGAGCCCUCGCCUCACUCCCCUGGAACUUUGAGGCUAUCUACCACAUGGCCCGCUGAUACUUAUCUGUGGGACAACGAGCGAGUAAUCAUGUCGACAAAAUGGAGAGAGCUCCCAAUUGAACUGGUACAAAAGAUUUUCAAUCACCUCAUCGAGGGCUUCAUCAACAAGUGUUUUUUCAACGACGAAUGCGAGUUUGAUACUGAAGGAAACUUCGUGGCCAUGUCACCCGACAUCGGCAUCAAGAAUGGAAUUUCUUUCAUAACCUGGAACCUUCGCCGUGAGUCUCUUUUCAGACGUCAGAGACAUCUCAUUGAGCGCCACUUCCUAGACGAGUGGCUGACCAGGGUAACGCUCUACCUGUGCCUUGAUGCCGAGUUUGAUACCCCCUUUCUUCGUUACUUUCACUUUCCCGAGUCUGAAGAUUAUCACGCUUUGACGAGGCUUGGCCCCGAUAAGAAGGUUACCUUCUUUCUCUACAAGCCUGAAGAAAACGGAUUCGUCGCGGCAGGUGACAUGACCAUAGAGGAAAUGAUGGACGAUCUCCUGGACGCUUGGGACGAUUAUGUUGCGGACAGAACUUCGAGCUACUUGAUCGUGGGGGUUCGUGCGAGAACUUGGCAGCAAAACGUUAUCCAGUUUCACCGCGGCUUGGACAUGUACAAUCUCCGUAAGGGUUCAGUGAAUCUGGAGGGCUUGGAGGUGUCUGAAGAUGGCAGGUACAUCCGGUUCAGCUGGGAGGAUUUUAUCACGGGGAUGGUGAACUGGUUUCUCUAUGAGACAGAGGAAACACGACUUUGA